GCCAGGAAGAAGGACAGCUUCGCGUUAACAGACGAGAGUUCGGGUUCGUACAGAGCAGCAUGACUGCUGAAGCUGUGGUCACCGUUCGCCUGGUGAGGUCCUUCGAACACAGGAACUUCAAGCCGGUUGUGUUUCACGGUGUCCGCUUGGAGCAGACCGUACAGGACUUCAUGCAGCUCGUCAAAGACGAUAUUGCAACAAGGCCAGGAUUUCCACCUCCUUUCAGGAAGUAUGGUUAUGACACGAUGAAGAUUAUCCAUCAGGCUCAUGGAGCAAAGACAAACGAGUUAGUGAUGAGUUUAGAUGAUGAUGAAACCCUCAUUCUACAAGAAGGCCAAACCCUCAGAGCUGCUGGUGUUGCUCAUGAGACAGAGGUGGCCUUCUUUAGGAAGGAAGACUACAGUCUUUAUAAAGCAAACCCCCAAACUGCCUGGUGACUGCAGGACUGCGUCAGAGGAGAGUUCGUAUACAGAGGUCUGCCAUGCCUGGAACAGUGAAUAAGUUUUGUCAUGCUUCUACUGGAGUGUUUUAAUUUGCGGGAUUUUUUUCUCCUUUAAAGUCAAAGCUUAUUAUCCAGCAGACUAACAGGCCUUCUUAUUUAAUAUUAAAUAUUUUUUUUAAUUUUAUGUAAAUAUAUAUUUUAUGGUCUUCUCUUUCUGUUGUUGGUGAUGUUGCAGAUAUGCUGAAAGUAUUUUUGUCUUCUUAAAUUUUCAGCUUUUAAGGUUUUAAGGAACAACACUGCGAUCUCCAGCAUUAGCUCUGCUCUCUGUGAUCAUGAGUAAAAUGUUGGUGUCCUCAGUGUAAUUCAGAGAUGUGUUUUCAAGGCUGUUUAUAUAUUUUUUCGUACUUUGUUGCCAAUGUAAUUGUGAGUGGAUACUUUUGCUAAUAAAAUGCUGUGCAGUUCAAGAA